AUGGUCGGACCGCCAGGUGAAGGUGGACGCCAGGGAAUGCACGGAGCUCCAGGACGACCGGCUCCACGGGGAAUAGUUGGAUCUGCCGGAAAAGAUGGUGCUGCGGGUGCGAUUGGUGCCACUGGCCUACUGGGAUCACCGAGUUACCCGAGCGAUGAUGCUGAAGCGAUACGAAGAGGUGGUAGUCGCUCGGGGCCAGGUCGGGGCUGUACGGUGCUCCUUGCGGACCUUGUCGGCCAGUCUUCGCAGUUGAGCGUAGUAGACCUCGGCAGUAACUGUCGUGUUGUCCGGCAGCAGUUCGAAAUGGUAGAUUCCAUGAAAUCCCCACCAGACGCUCAGCAUGACCUUUUUCUCAUGGAUUUCACCUUUCACGAAAGGAUCCGGCAUUUCAUCGCUAGCGCACUACGCACGUUUGUGGGUGUGGCUGACGUAGAGGACCCAUUUUUUAUCUCCAGUGACAAUGGUGUCCAACCAGUCGAAUCUGUGGUUUCUAGAGAGCAGCUGAGUGCAGAUGUCCAGGCGACUUUGGCGGUUGCCGUCGCUCAAUGCAUGUGGGAGCCACUGACCGAGCUUUUUCACCAUUCCGAGAGAUCGCAGUCCAUUGCUCACGGUGGACAGCGAACAGCCAAGACUGGCAGCAAAAUACACCACACCUUCAUAUGGAUGCUGCUCCGCCAGAUUCUUCAGUUCGUCGAACGAUAUUGCAGUCGGUCGACCACAGCGAGGCUGAUCUUCGAGUUUCUUGUUUCCGACUUUGAAACGCUAGAACCAGGCGCGCAUAGACCACUCAGAAGGGAAUUCAGUGCAGAAUACAUGAGAUAA